AUGGGGAUCGAGGUCGUGAGGGACCUGCGCGGCCGUCUGCCGUGGUACGGGGACGACUGGCGGGAAGGGCUCAACUCAGGCGUGAGGAUCGUGGCCCCUUCCUUCUACAUCUUUUUUGCCUCAGCCAUCCCUGCCCUUGCGUUUGGAGAGCAGAUUGACCACGACACAGAUGGGGCCAUGAACGGUGUACAUGUCCUAACUGCAACAGCACUCUGCGGCAUCAUUCAGGCGAUUUUCGGAGGGCAGCCUCUCCUCAUUGUGGGGGUUGCUGAGCCCAUCAUUCUUGUGUACACGUUUAUGUUUGAAUUUUUGGAUGACCGCAAUAAGAAAGAUCAAUUCGUGGCAUGGGCUGCAUGGGUGAACGUGUGGGCAGCCCUGUUCAUCUUUGUUCUUGCCAUGGCCGGUGCCUGCAAGUUCAUCGACAAGUUCACAAGGUUCAGUGGGGAGUUGUUCGGCAUGCUGAUCGCUUUGCUGUUCCUACAACAAGCCAUCAAGGGCUUGACAGAGGAGUUCAAGAGGGAUGAUGAAGUGGAAGAGGGUGGAAGUCGAAAACUCCUCAGUGGGGGUGAUGCUCUUGCCAACACGUACCCUUGGCGACUGGUCAACGGAAUUUGGGGAGUGGUUCUGGCCAUUGGCCUUCUGUUGACAUCCCUCCUUGUGCAUGGGGCCCGAUCAUGGAGAUAUGGGAAGGGCUGGACACGCUCCCUCCUGGCUGAUUAUGGUGUCCCACUCAUGGUCGUCGUGUGGUCGGGCAUUUCGUACUCCAUCAGUGGCGCACCAAAUGGCGUUCCCAGUCGACUGAGCAUUCCAAACACAUGGGAUGUCAAGGACACCUGGAAGGUGGUUCAAGACAUGGGUGACGUUCAGGGAUGGCUCAUUGGGGCAGCAGCCAUUCCAGGCUUCAUCAUCACUGCUCUGUUCUACUUCGAUCACAAUGUGUCCUCGCAGCUUGCACAGCAAAAGGAAUUCGCACUGAAGAAGCCAUCGGCAUACAACUAUGACUUUUUACUGCUUGCUUUCAUGACUCUGAUGUGCGGACUUUUGGGAAUUCCUCCAGUAAAUGGGGUUCUCCCCCAGGCUCCCAUGCACACCAAGAGCCUUGCAACCCUGAAAAAGCAGCUGAAAAAGAGAGAUGCUAGGAGAGAGCUGAUUCGAAACUCGCAGGCACACUCGAACGACCUCAACAAGGGCAGUCUUACCAAGUCUUCAACUGGCAGCUUCAAGCACAUGUCAACAGGGGCAGCCCAGUCCCCUGUAUCUCCCAGUGUGGGCCUGGCUCGCAUGUCUGCAGGGCAUGUGAGGGAGGGCUCGGUAGGUGGCGGAAUCCCCAAAGUGUCGUCUGCCACGAGCCUCAGCGAUGCAGCAAAGAUGAAGCAGUCAGCUUCGCACCAGAGCCUUGUGUCCCUGUCCAAUGGGGAGAGUGGCUUGAGACAAGAUUUCGUCACAUUGGAGGUUAAGGAGCAGCGACUGUCGGGACUGCUGCAGGCGGUAUUGGUGGCUGUCUGUUUGGCGUUGACGCCUGUCAUCCAGAGGAUACCAAAGUCUGUGCUGUGGGGCUAUUUUGCAUACAUGGCCUUUGAGUCUUUACCAGGAAGCGAGUUCUGGGAGCGAAUCCUCCUGCUGUUUACUGACCCAAAGAAACGAUACCAACUGCUGGAGACAACCCACACGCCGUAUCUGGAGACAGUCCCGUUUCAUGUCAUCUCCAAGUUCACAAUCUUUCAGGCUGGCUUCAUGCUGUUUGUUUAUGCCAUCACCUGGGCUGGGGUUGCUGGUGUGGCUUUCCCUCUGGCGAUAAUGGCCCUGAUCCCAUUCCGGCAGCAUGUAAUGCCAAAACUCUUCUCUUCGGAGCACUUGCGUGAGCUGGACAUGGCAGAGUAUGAGGAGGCACCCCCAGUAGACCACAGGGAGGUCUUGAGAGAGAUGAAGAAGAAGGGUGUGAUCUUGGAGGCGGAUGAGGAGGAAGAGCGACGGCAGGCCUUGGAGAGGGAGGUGGUGGGAGACAUGAUGCCACAGGUCAAGCAUCACCUAUCCAGAUCGGAGCUGGAACGUCGGAAGAAGAGGAUGGAGAUUCCAGACUCCGGCCAGCAACCCACAGGCCUCCGACAUCGGAAAAAGGAGGCGUCCGACCCGAGCUCACCUGUCAGUGGAGGUGCCGAAGGCGAUGAGAAUCGUGUGUGA